GUGUGCGGUUGUCCGGAUUGGAAGGAAGAAAGGGAACAUUGUACCGACGGUUGAAGUGAAGUGAAGUGUUAGUGUGGCAGUGUCUACAGGUCUGGCAGUGCCAAAUUGGAUUAACCCGGCCGCGAUUUUGGACUGCCCCGUGGCCCACGCUUUGCGUUUUGCGAGAGGAUUGGAUUAACAGAAGAAAAAAAAAACCAUGAGCAGCCGCACAACCACACGAAAACGAUGAAAAGCCAAAAUUCAACGACACCAACAAUCAGAAAACACGUGAUCAAUACUGCCAUUAGGAUAUGGAUCCACCAACACAAAGUCCCCCUACGCUUCCGCAAGAUUUCCCCGAGCCAACGGCAACCGAUGCGUACAUUAUCCCGACGCUCGGUCUCCACGAGGGAACCUUCGUAUUCUCCUACCUUUCGACGUUCCUUUCGUACAUCACCCCGUACGAUCUGCCAGUAGAGCUUUUGAGAGAUGCGUUCCACACGCGAGUUUCCUUUCUGCAGCUGAUCAUGGAGGCUUUGAAAGUCGAAUCCGGAUACAUCUGCCUCAUAGCGAUAUUCUUUCUGAUUUCCUUGAUCCCACUGUGCUACACGAUCGCGUGGGGAUGCUCGAAAUCCGUGGACGAAGACAUCAAUGCGGGACCGACGGUUGAUGCGAUCAUACAAGCCGAAGAGCUAUCGUUGGAAGAGUCUCUGCAGUGUCGGAGGAGUUUCCUAGGGUUGAUGUUGCAGGUUAUAAUUCUGUUGCUGAUAGCAAGUGUGAUCGCUAUGUUUGUAACAAACGAGCAGAUUGCAUCUGCAAUCGACCAGACGCCGAUGGUGGUGAGGUCAUCACUGGCCGAUGCGGAGACGUUUCUCAAGGAUACGGAACAACAGAUUUCGUUUGUGCUGCUUGAAGGUCUUGCGACGACCGUGGAUAGGAUACGGAGUGAUCUGAACGAACUGGAUAAGCUGUUAGGGGAACCGAUACAGAAUCACUUGUCGUUGUUCACCGGGAUCGAGAUCAUCUUUGAGUCGAUCAUGGAAAUCAGCACGAGUAGCAACAAUCUGUCCAGGCGGAUUUUCCUGCUUCAGGAAACUCUAGCUAGGGCUGCGAAAAUUUCAUAUGAAGCUGAAUAUCGGCUAGAUGAGUUGCAGAUCCAGUUAUCUGUGCUGCAGCGUCAGUGUACAUAUCGGGAUCGACCGCUUUGCGAUACGCUGAAGAUCAAGAACUUCGAAGAAUCCGGAUUGAUUGACAAGAUACGGAAACUGCAAAACGAUCCCGUAUUGGCCAAGCUGAUGUCCAUGGGUGAAGCCGGUAAGAACAGUACGAUGAAGAUGCUGACGCAGGAGUUGACGUUGGCGCGAUCGAUCUUCCGGAACUAUAAGACGGAGUUGAAGAAUACGACGGCUCCUUCCAAGGAGAACAUCGAGAACUAUUUGGAAGAUUUGGGUAAUGCGACGCUCCUGUCGACGAAUACGUUUUCGAACACUUUGAAUAAUUUGGUCAUGGAAGUGACAAAGACGGCGAACUUUUCCGACUCAUUCUUCGAUUACUACCGGGAAGUGGGAGCUAUCCAGUGGUUAACAGGAUUGACAGCGACCGUCAGCACAUUGUUGGUCACAUUCAUACUGCUAGGAGCAUUGAGCUGCGGAUGUUGUCAUGCUGAUAACAAGGCUGGAAUCACGCUGGUAGUUGGGUCGAUCGUGAUCUGCAUGGCAAGUAUGGCUUUGUCUGGGUUUGCCAUGGUUGAAAUGCUUCUGGGUGCACAUGGGCAAGUCUUCAUCUGUCAUCCACUGUACGAUGAACCGAACUACACCGUUCUCGGUAAACUGAUUGACAAACCUGGAUUGAUCUACCCGGUUGAACCACAAAAUGGAAUAAUUGACGCACUGCUGAAGUCUGCAGACCCGAACCGGACAUUCUCUGUCAACGUGCCACUGGCAGCAGCUAUCAACGAAUGCAAACGUAACAAAGGAACAUUUUCGACCUUCCAGUUGGAAGGACUACUCAAUGUCUCGUCGAUCAUGGACUACCACAGCUAUCCACAUCUGGAUCAUGCGAUUGCAGAGCUGGCUGCAACGGAGAUUCCUUUCAUCGGGUUCACGAAGCAGAUACAAGCGAUCCUGGAGGACAUGUUGACCGACUCGGAUAUCAAUCUGACUGCUUUCCGUAUGGAUUUGACUCAGAUCUCACCGGAUAAGGAUGUUAUCACGUUCAUUGAUCAGCUGCAGCGAGUUUCCGCUCAGAUUCAGGAUGUGGCAACGUCCUCUCGGAUGACGACGCUUGGAAGUAGGGCUAAGCGGUUGCAGGUGUCACUUUUGGCACCGCUGGAGCAACUCCGCGGUGACAUUGUGUACCAUUUGACGGCGCUGGAGUUUCAGCUUUCCCCAUGGGCGACGCAGGUCAACAAAAGCUUGAUCCACCUGCGCAACGCUCAAUCGUACUUGGACGCUGAAGCGGCGGAGAUUUGUCACAAUAAGAGUGAGCAGUUUCGAAGAAGGUUAAAGGGACAUUUUGAUGCUUAUCGGAAUCAUACGAAUGUCAUUCUGAGUGACAAGUGCGCAAGCUGUAGGCCGUUGUUCGAGGUGUUUGACGCUAUGAGGAUGCUUUUCUGUCAUCACAUAAUGGAUCCGAUGAAUGGAUUGUGGUUUUCGUCGUUCCUGUGUCUGUUCCUGUGGGCGAUUGCAACUCCCGUUUCGUUGAUGAUGUCAACCACGUACCGGAGGCUGGAGAUGGUUUCGGGAAAGCUGCAGCAUUCUAAUAGCAACUACUAUGGCAAUUCCAGUUCAACUCGUUCCGAGCGGCAAGGACAUCAUCACCACCACCAGCAGCAUUAUACACAGCAGCAGGAUACAUCUAGUCAUUGGUCUACCCAAAGAUCUGUGUCGGUGCACAUUGCCGCUGCCAAGGAGAGCUGCACCGACGACGAGAUUAUUGCGGACGACGAGGAUGCCCAUCGGGACGGCGAGGUCGUCAUCGAGUACAUAGAGCUGCAGAUGGACGACGACGAUCCAACCCAGUUUCGAGAGUGUUUGAUUUGAAUUUUCUACUGACAUGGUUUAUGCGUGCUUCAUAAUGGUUAUAUUUAAUAAAAACGAGAAUGAUGAUGUAAGUUUAA